CCCGGCUUCCUGCUUUCGCCCAAGUUUCCUCGUAGAGGGCGCAGCGCCGGCUGGGGCCCGCGGCGCGGCGUGGCGCAGGGCGCGGCGCGGAGCGCGCGUGGGCGCGGAGCCCGCCGCCAAGGGAGGUCACCAUGAGGACUCUCCGCAGGUUGAAGUUCAUGAGUUCGCCCAGCCUCAGUGACCUGGGCAAGAGAGAGCCGGCCGCCGCCGCCGCCGCGGACGAGCGGGGCACGCAGCAGCGCCGGGCCUGCGCCAACGCCACCUGGAACAGCAUCCACAACGGGGUGAUCGCCGUCUUCCAGCGCAAGGGGCUGCCGGACCAGGAGCUUUUCAGCCUGAACGAAGGUGUCCGGCAGCUGCUGAAGACGGAGCUGGGGUCCUUCUUCACGGAGUACCUACAGAACCAGCUGCUGACGAAAGGCAUGGUGAUCCUGCGAGACAAGAUCCGCUUCUACGAGGGACAGAAGCUGCUGGACUCGCUCGCGGAGACCUGGGACUUCUUUUUCAGCGACGUGCUGCCCACCCUGCAGGCGGUCUUCUACCCGGUGCAGGGCAAGGAGCCGUCGGUGCGCCAGCUGGCCCUGCUGCACUUUCGGAACACCAUCACCCUGGGCGUGAAGCUGGAGGACGCGCUGGCCCGGGCCCACGCCCGUGUGCCCCCCGCCAUCGUGCAAAUGCUGCUGGUGCUGCAGGGGGUGCACGAGUCCCGGGGCGUGACGAAGGACUACCUGCGCCUGGAGACGCUGAUCCAGAAGGUGGUGUCGCCCUACCUGGGCACCUACGGCCUCUACUCUGGCGAGGGGGCCUUCACACACUCCUGCAUCCUGGAGAAGCACUACCUGCGGCGCUCCCGCUCAGGGGACGUCCUGGCCAAGAACCCGGUGGUGCGCUCCAAGAGCUACAACACGCCGCUGCUGAACCCCGUGGCGGAGCACGAGGCCGAGGGCGCGGCGGCGGGCGGCGCGGGCAUCCGGCGGCACUCGGUCUCCGAGAUGACGUCCUGCCCCGAGCCCCAGGGCUUCGCCGACACGCCCGGCCCGGGGCCCGCUGGUGCUUUUGGCACCUCCCCGUCGUCGCCCCCGUCGGGACCCUGCCCCAACAGACUGUACCCGCCGAACCAGCCCCCCAAGCCUGGCCCGGACGCGGCCCGCGGCUCCCCGGCCUCUUCCAGCCCCGAGAACCUGGUCGACCAGAUCCUGGAGUCGGUCGACUCGGAUUCGGAGGGGAUCUUCAUUGACUUUGGCCGGGGCGGAGGCUCAGGCGCGUCCGAGUUUGAGGGGGCGGGGGGCCGGCAGAGCGUCGUGUGACUCCAGCCUCGCGAUUCUACCGAAUCCGCGUGUGUGUGCGAUGCGUGAGCGCGAGCGUUUUCUACUCUCCCGUCCGGACCCCUGUCGACCUCGGCCACUUUGGCAUUCCUGUCUUUGUCAGAAAGACUGUUGCCAGAUUCCCCCACCCACCCCCAGCACCUUUGUUCUGGGGCGUUGGGGGCCCAGCAGGUGCCUGGCAGCCUUGUGUGCGUCUGGGCAUGGCCUGCACCCCAGCCCUCCAGCAUCCACACCACGGAGACUGUGAACCCCUCAGCUUGGCCAGGCCCCUGGAGCGACCCCAGGGUGGAUGGCCGACCCACCUUCCCUCUGUCACUUGCCUGGGGCCACAGCGAGACCACCUGUACUCCACUCUGCCCCAGACCCUCCAAGCAGCCUGCCCUUGCUCUGCCCAGGGCGGCUGUGGGCAGGGAUUGGGUGGAAUAAAACCUGUCUACCUGGUUCC